UGAUUGGCUGGCCGGGCAGGUGGCCGUUACUUGGCGGCAGUUGGCGACGACGCCACCACCAUCAUGUCCGGCAGGGCCCGGCCCAUGGUCAGCUCCAGCUGCCCGCACCUGCCCUCGGCGCCGCGGGCCGGAGCCGCCAGGGCGGAGCGGCCCGUUGAGGAAUCGGAGGAGGAGGGCGAGGGCCGGCGGGCGGAGCGCGGCCGCGGCGACCCCGACAUCGCCAAGUCCCCGCGCGACCUCAAGCGGUACCGGUAUAUCAAAUUGCAAAAUGGCUUGGGUGUGCUGUUGAUUUCGGACAUAACUAGCUUGGAUGGUGUUACUUCUGAGGAGUCUUCAGAAGAGGAAGAUGAAACUGAUACUGAAAGUGAUGAUGAUGAUGAUGAUUCAGGAGCAGAAAUUGAAGAUGACGAAGAAAGUUAUGGUGAUGAGGAUGAUGACAAUGGUGAUGAUAAUGAUGAGAAGCUCAAUGAUUCUGAUGACACAGAAAUGGAAGAACUAACAGGAAAAGAAGAUACAGAGAAAAAUGGUAUGGAAAAACUGUCUGCAGCUGCUCUUUGUGUUGGUGUGGGCAGUUUCUGUGACCCUGAAGAUCUACCUGGGUUGGCACACUUUCUGGAGCACAUGGUAUUUAUGGGCAGUUUAAAGUAUCCAGAUGAGAAUGGGUUUGACGCCUUCGUGAAGGAACAUGGGGGCAGCGACAACGCUUCUACUGACUGUGAACGGACAGUCUUCCACUUUGAUAUCCAGCAGAAAUACUUUAAAGAAGCACUUGAUAGGUGGGCACAGUUCUUCAUUCAUCCAUUAAUGGUCUGGGAUGCAAUUGAUCGUGAAGUUGAAGCAGUUGACAGUGAGUAUCAGCUAGCAAAAUCCUCUGAUGCAAACAGGAGGGAGCUGCUGCUCGGAAGCCUGGCCAAACCUGGGCAUCCAAUGAGGAAGUUUUUCUGGGGUAAUGCAGAGACCCUAAAGCAUGAGCCUAAAAAUAGGAGUAUUGAUAUCUACACCAGGCUGAAGGACUUUUGGCAUCUCUAUUACUCUGCACACUAUAUGAAUUUAGUAGUUCAAUCUAAAGAAACCUUGGACACACUGGAGAAGUGGGUGAUGGAAAUCUUUUCAAAGAUUCCAAAUAAUGGUUUGCCCAAACCAAGCUUUGGCCAUCUGACACAGCCUUUUGACACACCAGAAUUUCACAAGCUUUAUAGAGUUGUUCCAGUCAGAAAAGUUCAUUCUUUGGACAUUGCGUGGGCACUGCCUCCUCAGCAGAGACAUUACAGGGUGAAGCCACUUCACUAUAUAUCUUGGCUGGUAGGACAUGAAGGCAAAGGCAGUAUUCUUUCCUUCCUUAGGAAAAAGUUUUGGGCUCUUACAUUACAUGGAGGAAAUAGUGAGACAGGAUUUGAACAGAACUCCACCGGCUCUAUAUUCAGCAUUUCUGUUACUUUGACUGAAGAAGGUUAUGAAUAUUUCUAUGAGAUUGCACAUGUUAUAUUUCAGUAUCUGAAAAUGCUUCAGAAAAGAGGACCAGAUAAAAGAAUUUGGGAAGAGAUUCAGAAGAUUGAAGAUAACGAAUUUCGUUUCCAGGAUCAGACUGAUACAGUUGAUUUUGUUGAAAGUCUUUGUGAAAAUAUGCAGCACUUUCAUAAGGAGGACUUUUUGAUAGGAAAUAACCUUCUCUUGGACUAUAAACCUGAAAUCAUUGCUGAUGCCCUUAACCAGCUCUGCCCUCUGAGAGCCAACCUUUUUCUGUUGUCUGCUGCCCAUGAGGAAAAAUGCCAUCUAAAGGAGAGGUGGUUUGACACACAGUACAGCGUUGAAGAUAUUGACAAAUACUGGAGUGAUCUAUGGGCUAGUGACUUUGAGUUAAAUCAGGACUUGCACCUUCCAGAAGAAAAUAAAUAUAUAGCCAGUGACUUUACUCUGAAGGCACCUGAUUACUCUGAGACGCAGCAUCCAGUCAAAAUUCUGAAUACACAGCUAGGCUGUUUGUGGUACAAGAAGGACAACAAAUUCAAAAUCCCUAAAGCUUAUGUACGUUUCCAUCUGAUCUCUCCACUGAUACAACAGUGUUCAAAGAGUGUGGUGCUUUUUGAGAUAUUUGUAAACAUCUUCUCUCAUAACCUUGCUGAACCAGCAUAUGAAGCUGAUGUGGCUCAACUGGAAUACAAGCUGGUACCUGGAGAGCAUGGUUUGAUCAUUCGAGUGAAAGGAUUUAAUCAUAAACUACCUCUGCUCUUUCAGCUUAUCAUUGACCACUUGUCUGACUUCAAUUUUACACCAGCAACUUUUGAGAUGAUAACAGAGCAGCUGAAGAAGACUUAUUUUAAUAUUCUCAUAACACCAGAGAUGCUAGCCAAGGAUGUGCGUCUCUUCAUUUUGGAACACGGCCGGUGGUCCAUAAUAGAUAAAUACCAAAGACUGAUGAAAGGCGUUUCUGUUGAGUCUCUAUCAGCUUUCAUUAAGGCUUUCAAAUCACAUCUCUUUGUGGAGGGGCUAGCACAAGGAAACUUAACUGGCAGAAAGUCAAAGGACUUCCUGAAUUACGUUGUUCAAAAGCUGCAGUUCGUUCCCCUCGCACACCCGUGCCCUGUCCAGUUCCGGGUGGUGGACCUGCCAAACACGCACCUGCUCUGUAAGGUGAAAGCCUUUAACAAAGGUGAUGCCAACUCAGAAGUGACAGUCUACUAUCAGUCUGGGGCUAGGAGUUUAAGAGAAUACGCCCUUAUGGAGUUGCUUGUGAUGCACAUGGAAGAGCCUUGCUUCAACUUCCUGCGAACCAAGCAAACCCUUGGCUACCAUGUAUACCCUGCCUGUAGAAAUACUUCUGGGAUCCUUGGGUUCUCUGUUACUGUAGCAACACAAGCUACAAAGAACAACACUGAAUUAGUUGACAAGAAAAUAGAAGAAUUUCUUGUGUGCUUUGAGGAAAAACUCAAGAUUUUAACUACAGAAGCAUUCAGUGCUCAGGUCAGUGUUCUAAUAAAUAUUAAAGAAUGUGAGGAUUCCUAUCUUGGGGAAGAGGUGGACAGAAACUGGAAUGAAAUAGUGACACAGCAGUAUUUUUUUGACAGACUUGCCCACGAGAUUGAGGCACUAAAAUCAUUUACCAAAGCAGACCUGGUUGACUGGUUCAGAGCUCACAGAGGCCAUGAGAAGAAGGCACUCAGUCUCCAUGUGGUUGGUUUUGGUAAACAAGAAGGGGACUCGGAUAUUAUAGCUGCCUCAGAUGCUCAGCAGUGCUACCUUGGAGAUAUGCCUCAAUUCAUUUUUUUACCCCCUUCUUCUCAUAUGAAGAAUACAGCUUCCAUCAGAGAUAUUAGAGAUUUCACACUAACCCUUAAUCUCCUCCCUUACCAUAAGAUAUUAAAAUAAAUUUCAGUUGUUUUCCUCUGUAUUAAAGUGCAUUUUUAAUCAUUGUCAACCUGUGAACAUUAUGAACCGUUUAGCCUCACUAAAUGAAUACGUAUUGUCAGCAGGACUGGGUAAGUUAAUUCCUUAUUUUCUUUCAGAUUUGUAGUAAAUUAUCUUGAUACUGUACUCCCUGCCCCCCUCUGAAACCUGGAACAAGUUUAUUUUUAGUAGCUGUUAAUGGAAAACAUUCUUUGCCCAAAAUAAUUGACCGUUUUUACCAUCCUUCAGGUCAUUUCCUUUCCUUGGAUUUUAUGUUCAUUUUUUUUUGUAUUCAGCUCAACAUACUAUGUCAAUUUGAAACAAUAGUAAUCUGCUCUUUAUAUUUCAGACAUAUUAUGUCAGGGCCCAUGUGUCAUGCUUCAUUACCCUACAGAGGGGCAUGGGAGAAUCUCAGAGAAAUAGUGCAUCAUGGCAGCACACUUCCUGUAUGUAGAAUGUGCCUCAAAUGACAUUCUAGGGCUCAUGUACACGCCACAAUUUUUGCCUUUUCAUGUGCUACAACUGUGUGUCUGUUUGCGUGAGCGGGAUUUCCAAUGUGCUAAAGUUUUUCUUAUUCAUUAAACUAAAACUCCUUGGACGUAGUUUAGUCUGGCUCGCUGGGAAUUAAAGCAUCGCGUCCAUGGAUUUGUUGCGUGCAAGCACAAAAGCACUCAAAGACAUGUAAUGAGCCUCUUUGUUCACCAGAUGGCGCUGCAACUUUUUUGUAGUUCACCCCUUUGCAUUGCUUUUGCUUUCAAAUUGCUUCCAUUUUUUUUUCCUUGUGUGGCUUGCCAGCUCCCUACUUCCAGAGC